AUGUCUGACCAGAAGAAUGAAAUCGAGACAGGUCAUGGUCACGUCGUUAGUGACCACGCCCAGACCCACGCCCAGACCGCGAAUCGCGAAAUCGUGGGGUUUCAGUCUCAUGAAGCGGCACUUCCAAAGGGCUACUACUACAGCUGGAGGUUCCUGGGGACAUGUGUCGCUGGAAACCUGGCCGCCAUAAGUGGAAUUGGCGGCUUUAGCUUCGCAGCACCCAUCUUGAUGAACAUCAACAGUGCCAUUGGCCCAUCUGUCGACAUUACUUGGGCAGCCAUCGUCUUCAACUUGACGGGAGCAGUGAGCAUGCCCGUGUGUGGCCGAGCGAUGGACAUCUUCGGUCGCAGGUGGACCGUUGUGUGCCUCAAUCUCUUAGCCCUUCUGGGGUCCGUCGUGGCAGCCACAGCGAAGAAUGUGCCCUCGCUCAUCGUCGGAACCGCGUUGAUCGGGUUGGCGGCUCCGGCACAGACCUGCUACAAUGUCAUUCUUGGAGAGCUUGUUCCCAUGAAACAUCGGUACACCAUGUCCGGAGUCGUUUUCCUGUUCGCUGGUGUCCCUACUGCCUUUUCAGCAGCCAUAUCACAAGGCCUCGUGCAAAACACGGCUGCCGGCUGGAGAAGCGUCUACUACAUGGUGAUUGCCCUCAAUGCGGCGGCGUUCUUUGGAUUCCUGCUUUGCUACCACCCGCCGACAUUCGAGAUGAAGCACGGCAGGGAAAGCAAGGCCAAGUACGUGAGAAACUUUGACAUUGGAGGCAGCUUCCUCUUCAUCGCAGGUCUCUCGACUCUCCUCAUGGGUCUUUUAUGGGGCGGACAACGAUAUCCGUGGAAGUCGGCCGCUGUCAUUGCAUCCAUCGUCUUGGGCACAGUCUGUCUGAUCGCCCUGUACUUUUACGAGAGCCUGGUCCCCCUCAAAGAGCCUCUCUUCCCAAAGCACAUCUUCAAGAAUGGAGAGUGGCUCGCGGCGAUCGCCGUACUAGGUCUCGCCGCCAGUGCCUUUUAUGGAUUUUCGCUGAUCUGGCCCGGAAUGGUGUCGACCCUUUACGCCACCGAGUCAGAGACAAUCAACAAUUUGACAAUGAGUCUUCCAGGGCUCGGCGUGGGGACCGGUGGGAUCCUGGGAAGCGUGCUUGCAAAGCUAUACAAACGGACCAAGAUUCUGGCGACGGUGUCUUUUGCCAUUGGUGGGAUCUUGUUGGCUUGCCUGGCUACAUGCACUCCUGACAGCAGGAGUCAGGCGAUCGGACUACUAUUCUGUGGAGCCGUGUGUCUUGGUGUCGUCGAAACCAUCACCAUCGCCAUGGCCACGCUCCUGGUUGUAGAUCAACGUGAUAUCGGGAUUGCUGGAAAUCUCGGUACCUGCUCCCGAGUUUCUAUUUCGGCAGUGUGCUCGGCCAUCUACACAAGUGUACUAAGCAGCCGACUUUCGACGACAAUUGGCAAUCAGGUUCCGCCUGCGUUGACCGCUGCUGGCCUGGAUCCUGAGAGCAUCCCCCAAUUCAUCACUGCCCUGACAACUGGGACGUCCAUGAACGAUGUGCCCGGUGUGACGGCGUCCAUCAUUGAAGCCGGAACAACGGCCUACAAGUGGGCUUCGUCCGAUGCGUACAGGACUGUCAGUCUGUGUACGAUUGCCUUCAGCACCAUCGGCAUACUCACUUGUUUGUUUAUCCCUGAUAGUUAUAAACUUAUGACAGGGGAUCUCGCGGCGAGGUUGGACCGUGUCAAGGAGGUUCAAGUUGGUGAGGGCGAGACUCCGGUCACGACGGAAAAGGGACCGAGUGAUCAUGUGGAGACGCUGUGA